GUCACACAAGUGACGCAGACGACCUGGGAGCCGGUUGCGAAGCAGAAAGUCCAACAGUCUAGGACGGAGUCCGGCAAAGAUGUCUGUGGCUCUGAGGGUGUCUUCAACCGACAGAGCAGGGGAGCCGAGUCCAAAGAGAUGGGGCUCCCAAUGGAGAGAAGUUGGAAGGUACCCGCCCUGGAGAGCAACCUAAAGUUCUCUGUCAUCGCGGUGCAGCACCCGGUGCGAGUGUCUUACCUAUCUCUGCAUUUUGGCAAGGUGAUCGGAGGUGUUUUCUACGAUGACAUACCCCUUCUCGAACCGAAGCUGACGUCACGUUUGUGCUCCCUGACCAUUGAAGGAAUUUUAGAUAUCCUGGGUUGGUCGUACUCACGCGACCCUGCAAAAUACAAGCCUUUCUCCGAGACAUUCUCCCUGCUUGGCAUGAGGCUUAACGUGAGUUCGCUCUGUGAGGGUUUCAUCACGCUUUCAAACAAGGAAGUGAACAAUCUCUUGGAGGAGGCGAAACGCCUUAAGCACGAAGGAUCCCUUAGCAGAGCGCAAGCAUCGAGCCUACAUGGAAAGCUCAAUUUUAUGAACUCGUUCGUUGCGGGCCGCUGCCUCAAGACCGCUUGCAGAGCCCUAGCAAAUGUAGCACAUGGCCCGAGAGUCCCGGUCAUGUCUGAGCUGCAAUCCCUAGGAUCGUACUUGGAAAGUUGUUUGCAAAAGCUCGCAGCCCGCGUCGUCCAUGUGGGCAAGGCAAUCCCGCCUCUUAUAGUAUUCACGGACGCGGCCUUCGAAGAGGGCACCGCUACUUGGGGUAUCGUUUGCAUUGACCUUCAUUCAGGGGCCCGGUCUGUGUCGGGAGGAGUCAUCCCCGCUGAGGCCAUCGUUUCCUGGCAAAAAGACGGCUCAUCUCAGAUCAUCGCCCAAGCGGAAGCGUUUGUGCAAGCACCUUCUUCGCGACCGCUUGGUCACUUUCUACAUCGACAAUGA